GAAUCAGAGAGCAAUGCUACAGCGACUAACCCCGCUAUUAGGGUACCUUCUAAAAAAAGAGAUAAGCUCUUAUAUGGAUACCUAUCCCCGCGUACCAUUUUGCCCAACUUUCAAAUUGGACGCGACUCGACGCGUAAAUUAAAAGCCCACCUUUGCACACAUGCAUCAUAUCAUACAUAGACUUGCAAUUAAUUAGCGACUGAUCGCCUACUCAGACAUAUCUGAUUCCGAUUCCGAUUCCGAUUCCAAUACCAAUACCAAUACAUCCGAACCUCUCAUACCAAGUAGAUAUGCCCCUCCUAUCCGGCAGCCGUCGGCUGCAAUCCGGUGCCGAGCGUAAUCGAGGCCGACCGAGCGCACCCUCCUCUCACACCCAACAAGACAACGGCCCUGUCGAGCUGCCAAAUUAUGAGCCUCUCGCAUGCCCCCUCAGUGCCGAAUACAUACGCGCAUUAACGCAACUAUCAACAAGCAAAGAUACGCGGAAGUAUGAGGAGCAGCUGAACAAGAGCAUAGAGCUGCUAAGCGCCAGUGUGCGGGAUCUCAAUGACAAGUACGAGGAAAGAAAAGAAGCCCUCAAAAAACUUCAGGAAAAGCGAGCGGACAAAGACGAAAAAUCCGAUCGCGAGAGGGCAGAGGAAAAAGCUGUGUUGGCGCUAAAGAACGAAGUGCCCACCUUAACAAACGAUUGCAACCUCGCCGUCCAGAGUGUUAUCGACUUGAAGAUAGAGCUCGAAGAUGGCAACGCCGCAUUACGGAGAACGGCGCAGAACGUCGAGACGGAAGCCGCGAAUGCAGCCCGAAGGCGAAGAGGACAAGGCGGCGACGAAGACGAAGACGAAGAGAUGGCGGAUGUGAAUAUCACGAGUCCCAUAGAAUUGCUAGAGCAAGCCAAGAAGAGGGCGGCAGACGACUAUGCUUCGAAGACUCCAUACGAGAAAUACGGCACCAACAACGAUUAUAUCGGCUUCAAGCGCAUGUGGCACGACGCCGUCUACGGCAGAGGCAAUAAGCCACUACCGCAUGCGAGCAAAUGGUUCUCGCAAAACGGAGGCGAGGAUGAGGCUAGCGAUGACGACGAUCUGAUUGUUGCCGAGGAACACCUCGAUAUCCGCUGCCCCCUAUCCUUGGUAGUCAUGAAGGACCCGUAUACGAGCACAAAGUGCAGGCACACCUUCGAGAAGGACUCCAUCAUCCAGUUUCUCGGAAAUAGGCGAGCACGAUGUCCGCAGGCAGGCUGUAAUAAGGAAGUAACCAUUUCCGAUUUCCAUCCCGACCCGGUCAUGCUGCGCAACAUUAAGCGUCAACUCGCCUCGCAGCGACCGAAUAUGGCUGAUGACGACGAAGAUGAGGACGAGGAUGAGGAUGAAGGCGAGCAGGACAUUGAUGUUGAUGGUGACUCGCAUGUGGAUGCAACCCCUGGUCGCAGCGUGAAGUCGGAACGAGGAGGGUAGGGAGAGAGGAUAACGAUUGAUCGAUGGUAUUGUAGGGGACGAAUAGAAAGAGUAAUUCACCUGUAUAUCCUGCACUCUGCUGGGAUAGAGGAGGUCUGAUUGCGAUGAGAUUGCGCUGUAUGCAGCCCCCUCAAGGUAGCUUAAGCUAGGUUGAUAGAGCUCAUGUGACCGUGAAUUACUUACGAU